AUGACUCCUAUUCCUGUCCUCGAAUUAUCACCAUUAAUUCACUAUCAAAAAACACUUACAACAAUUAUAAUCAUGGCUCAAUCGAUAGAAGAGCAACGGCUUGACCAGCCCGACAACAACUCGUUCACCGAGAAGCCCUCGGAAGUCACAGAAGAUGAGAGCCACUUUCCAACAGGCAGUCGGCUGUUAGUGAUUGUGAUUUCCAUCUUAUUUGCCAUGUUCCUAGUCGCCCUGGACCGCACCAUCAUCGCCACAGCAGUCCCCCGCAUCGCCAACCAAUUCAACGCCCUAGACGAUAUCAGCUGGUACGCCAGCGCCUACCUCCUAACCAGCUGCGCAACCCAACUCUCCUGGGGCAAAGUCUACACCUUCUACUCAACCAAGACCGUCUUCCUAGCCGCGAUCCUAAUCUUCGAAGUCGGCUCCGCCCUCUGCGGCGGAGCCCCGAAUUCCAAAGCCUUCAUCGUGGGCCGCGCCAUCGCAGGCGUAGGCUCAGCAGGCAUCUUCGCCGGCGCAACAGUCAUCAUUGCGCAGAUUGUUCCACUAGCCAAACGACCCAUCUAUGUCGGAUUGAUGGGCUCGACAUUCGGCUUCUCCUCUAUCAUUGGGCCUCUGAUGGGCGGCGCUUUCACAGAUAAUGUCACUUGGCGCUGGUGUUUCUAUAUCAAUCUUCCAAUUGGUGGAUUCACCAUGCUUGCUCUCUUCUUCUUCUUGACUGUCCCGCACACGCCUCAGCCAUGUACUUGGAAGAGACAGAUUCUCCGCCUCGACCCGCUGGGCAGCGUGCUCUUCCUCCCCUCUGUGAUUUGCUUCCUGCUUGCGCUGCAGUGGGGUGGGACGAUGUACGCGUGGAACAGUGGACGGAUUAUCGCACUGUUUAUCAUUUCGGGGAUCCUGAUGAUCGCCUUCGUGGCUGUGCAGAUCUGGCUGAAGAAGGACGCAACUGUGCCUCCGCAUAUUUUCAACCAGCGGAGCAUUAUCAGUGGUGUUGUUUUCGCUAUGUGUGUUGGUGGCGGUCUCAUUUCCAUGCUGUAUACCCUGCCUCUGUGGUUCCAGGGCGUGCGCGGUACUUCUGCCGUCAAGUCUGGUAUUGAUACUAUUCCCAUGGUGCUGGCGCUUGUCGUCGGAGCCAUUACCUCUGGUGGUAUCAUUACUGCGACGGGAUACUAUGUGCCGUGGAUGUUUGUGGCGACAGUCCUAAUGUCGACGGGUGCAGGAUUGAUGACUACUUUCAAGAUGGAUACCAACCAUGCAGCCUGGAUUGGAUACCAGGUGCUAUUUGGUAUUGGAAUCGGCACUGGAUUGCAGCAGCCGUCGUUGGCGGCACAGACGAUUCUUCCUAUGGAGGAGGUUGCGAUUGGUGUCUCGUUGAUGUUCUUUGCUCAGUCGCUUGGUGGUGCUGUUUUCAUUGCUGUGGCUCAGUCGCUGUUCCAGAACUACCUUGGCUCUGAACUGCCUCAUAUCCAGGGCAUUGAUACAGCCAAGGUUCUGGCUGCUGGCGCAACUGGUCUUGCUGACGCGGUGCCAGACAACAAGCUGACUGCGGUUUUGAGUGUUUACAAUGAUGGUCUUCAUCGGUCGUUCAUUGUCGCUGUGGCGGUCUCUUGUCUGAUGAUUAUCCCUGCUCUGACGAUGGAGUGGAGGACCAUCAAGGAGGACAAUGUGUCUGUUCCGGCUGCUUAA